UGUGACAUUUCACGUUUUCUCUCAGUUCUUUCCCAGAGAGAGAUAGAAACAGAACCCACCGGAGAUUCUGAGUCACGUCCUCAAUCUUCGUUACUGUGGUGGUGGGGUUUUCGAGGCAAGAGAGAGAGAGAGAGAUACAAAAAAGGAUGAGUUUUAAGGAUUUAAAGGCGGGAAGAAAAACAUCAUUAGCUUCUUUAAUGAGCUUCAAAGGUGGUGUUGGUGGUGGUCGACAAGAUACGACUCAAGCUGUUGCUGCAGGUGUCUUUAAGAUCAAUACAUGUGUUUCUACGUUCCAUCGUCUUGUCAACACUCUUGGUACUCCUAAAGACACCCCUGAGCUUCGUGACAAGCUGAACAAGACGAUAUUACAUAUCGGACAGCUUGUGAAAGAUACGUCAGCUAAACUUAAACAAGCUAGGGAAACUGAUCAUCAGAGUGGUGUUGAUCAAAGGAAGAAGAUUGUGGAUGCUAAGCUUGCAAAAGACUUUCAAGCUGUAUUGCAAGAGUUUCUCAAGGCUCAGCGUCUAGCUGCUGAAAGAGCAUCUCUUCCCUCAAGCUAUACAGCCAGUGAGGCAGCUGUGAAUGCUGAGAAGGAUCUGGAUCUUCUUUUGGAAUCAAAAAAAAAAGAACUUGCACUUUUGGACAAUGAGGUUGCGUAUAAUGAGGCUUUUAUUGAGGAAAGAGAGCAAAAGAUACAAGCAAUGCAGCAGAAAAUUGGCGGGGUGCACAAAAUCUUCAAAGACAUGGGAGUGUUGGUACACGAUGAAGAAGCCGUGAUUGAUGUGAAUGCAGAGAAGGAUCUGGAGCAGCAGGCUCUUCUUUUGGAGUCAAAAAGACGAGAACUUGUAAUUUUGGACGAUGUGAUUGCGUAUAAUGUGGCUAGUAUUGAGGAAAGAGAGCAAAAGAUACAAGAAAUGCAGCAGACAAUUGGCGAGGUGCACAAAAUCUUCAAAGACAUGGCAGUGUUGGUACACGAUGAAGAAGCCGUGAUUGAUGAGAUUAAUACUCGCAUCGAUAACUUUCAUGCUGCACAAGGAAAAUACCAGCUCGCUAGAGCCUUUAUGACUCAACGAUCAAAAUCUUCACUGGCUUGCUUGCUCUUGGUAAUUUUUGGUAUUGUGCUCCUGAUUGUCAUUAUAGUGCUUGCGGUCUUGAUUAUUCUGAACGGGAACGAGUUAUUCAAACGAUAAAAAUAAUUAUCUAAACUAUUCCUAACUAGGUACUAACCCGCACUAUGUGCGGGAUAAAUCGAUUUAAA